AUGAUCAUCCAUGCUACCGCUUUGUUCCUGUUACAACUCGCUUUUGUUGCUCCAUCCAGGCCGCGUCUCUUGAGCCGUGUGGUCGAGGAGCUGGGCCUCCUCUCAUUGCUCCCUUCGCUGACCAAGGAGAAAUUUUCGAAGCUGAGCGAUGACAAGGAGAAAUGCUCGAAGCAGAGCGAUGACAAGGAGGAUCAGAUCGGAGAGCCCGUGGUGUUCAAGUUCAAAGGCCUUCCAAGUUUCAAGGUGCACGUGGAGCUGACUGGUGACGCACGGUGGCCAUGUGUGCGGUCCGUGGAUUUGCACUGUGGCAGCGACAUCCGUGACCACUGCAAGCCUGAUUUUCACCUGCCCUCGUCAGAGAUGGGUUUGAGCGAAGCAAAGCAGUACUGGAGAGAGCGUUUUAUACGGUGUUUCAUGGAGGCACGACAGAAAGCAGGGGACAGCUUCAAUCAUCCCGCAACAGGCUCCUUGUGGGCGAAGCACGGGGCAGAUGCGAUGGUAGAGUUUCUAACAGAGCUGGUCAUCGACGCUGUCUUGACACUUGUCAGAGAUGGUAGCCAGGAGAGGCUGCGAGACAUGGAGCUUUCACACCUUUUUUCGCCAGAAGCCCCCAUGGCGGGAUUUCCAAAGCUCAACGGUGAAGAUGGCUACCUGUCGGUUGAGCAACAAACAACCCCACCAUUGCUCCUUGGCCUUGCGGCGGGGGUCUGGAAGGCAGUGAAGAGAAGGGACAAAGGACUGCAGCAGACUUUGGACAAGGACCACCGCAGCCGCAUCCAAGCGCUGCUGCAUUGCGGGGCCCACGCCAAUGCCCGUUACACGAUGUUUCCCAUCGGUGCCCACUGCGGACUGGGCCAGCAGACGUUACCCGACCGAGUGUCCAAAAUUUUUUUCCCUUCCGGAAAUCCGCUUUGGAUUGCAGUUUGGCGGGGCCAAGAGAAAAUGAUAGAGGAGCUGCUGAAGGGGAGGGAGGCGAAGGACGGCAUGGAGCCGGACUUCCCGCUGGAUGUGGACAGUUUCGGAUGGUAUCCAGACUCUUCCCCCUUGACUGUGAACCAAGAGGCUGCAGGCUGCAACGUGCUGGCACUGGCAGCUACGACCUUGGGAAACCGACUUGUGAGCAAACUGAUCUCUCUGGGAGCCCAGUUGGGUGACUGUCCGAACGAGCUGGCCUCCUUCCUGGUGGAGAAUGCCCGACCGCUCGCCCGGCACGUGGCGGAUAGGCAGGCUCAGAACAUGGCGAACGGCAGUGUGCUUCAGCAAACAAGCGGCAUGAGAAUCGAGAUUCUGGUGCAGGAAAUCCUACGAGACGAUGAAUCAAGGAGAAAGUUUUUAGAUGCCAUCGACCGGGCAUGUCACAGUCCUGGUUCUAAAGACUAUUGCGACUUCAUGCAAAUGCUUUCUGAUUUGAUUGCAAGGGCUCCAGCAGCAGCUGCGAAGCUGUGCGACGAGAGCCUCGCACAGCCCAAGGUGAGUGAUCAUCGCCGCUACCCGCUGAGAGCCUCGUGCCUUUUCCAGAAGCAUGAGCAGCACUACAAUGCUUAUGUGGACACGAUGGUCUGGAACAACGCCACACCGUUUGCUGAUGAGCUUGCGCCGCCACCAACCAAUCAGAAGACUCUACGUGAUGUUUUGAUGGUGAAGGAAAGCAUGCACAUUUGCGGUUUUUUCCGCACAUUCUGGGAAGUUGCCCAAAGCAUUGUGCUGCCGGAUCAGCGCCAAGCCCUCUUCUGCAAUAUCUCAGUGCUUCGGACGCCGAACAUCAUCAACAUCAGCAUCCUGCAGGCCAUGAACGCGCUUCCUCAGGACCAGCUCGUCUCGGUGUUCAAGGACAGUGCCGUGUUCAGAGCGAUUGCGCUGUAUGUAUGGACUGUCUUGGAGCCAGCGUACUUCAUUGACGUCUGGAGCACUUUCGCCCAGCUGGUGUCCCUGCUAGUGUGGUGGCA